AUGUAUACAGUAAACUUUGUGAAUGACGAAAAAUAUGUUCAAAGAAUUGGUGACAUAUGUGGGGAAUAUUAUGUUCCUGUUGCAUUACCGGGGAGAUACAAAUAUAAUAUUGAAGAUAUAGAAUAUAUAUUAUAUUUAUGGAUGGAUAAAAUUAGUGAAAUAAAAAAAAAAGAAAAAAAAAAAAAAAAGUAUUUAUGCUUAUUUAGUUCAAUAUUUAGAGAAACAAAGUUUUCUUUAAUUUUGUCAAAAUCUAGAUAUGAAAAUAAUUUUUGUGUGUGGGGAAUAUUAUGGUGUGCAUGGAAAAAUAUAUUCGAAAAAAGUUUUCCAAAAAAAGAUAACUAUAAAGACAAUAUUAACAACAAUAAUAAUACUAGUAAUAAUGAAAACAAAUAUUAUGAAAAAUUUAAAACAAAUAUUAUUGAUUUCCAAGCUGGUUGCAUUUAUCUUUUAUUUUUAUUAUAUUUUUGUCAACAUGUAGAAGAAAAUCAGUAUCCAUAUCCAAUAUAUUUAUCAACAAAAAUAUUUAACAUGUGUCUUGAUAUAUCCGAAGAAUGUGAAAAAUUAAAUAUAUAUACAGAAUUAAGAUAUAUUUUAAAUUUUAUGAUUGAUACUAAUUCUAUAAUUUUAAGUUGUAAUGAUAAUUUAAAUGAAAUAUAUCAAGAUAGAUAUGGUGGUCCAUUACAUAUUGAAAAGACCAAAUUAGGUGUUGAAAAUGCUAUCGAAAUUAAUGAUGUAGAUUUAUCAAAAUUUUAUGACCAUGUUCAUAAUGAUAUAAAAGAUAUAUGUAAAUUUUGUGAAGAAAAAAAAAAAAAAAAUACAUUUAGUAACACCUCAACUUAUAAUUUACUUGCAAAAAUGAAACUCAUAGAAAAGGAAUUGAAUGAAGAUUGUUUGUGA